AUGUCUGGGAUGAGGCCUGGGAAAGUCACCCCCAAGUUCAAGUUGAAAAGAGUUCAGAGAUCAGAGGUCAUUUGGAUGGGGGGGAGGGGGCUGUUGAACUCUGGAGAGGAUGAUGGAGAUAAUGAAGAGGAAGAGUUCUCCAGACGCACUCCUCCUCCGCCACCUCCUCCUCCUCCUUCUCCCGGCCCUUCUGCUGUGAUUCAUCCUCAAACCAUCUGCACCAACUUCAUCCUUGUAAGUAUUCAUCGUCAUGUUCAUCCAAUCCAUCCUAUUGCCGGCGGAGCCUCAGAGUUGGCGUUCCUGAAAGAGCCGAGCGAUGUCAUAGCUGUGAGGGACCGGCCCUUGAUGCUGGACUGCCAGGUGGAGGGGGAGGGGCCUAUAUCGGUCACGUGGAGACGGAACGGCGUGGCCGUGCCUGUCGGCGCGAGGGCGAGCGUGCUGGCCAACGGCACGCUGCUCAUUGAAAAGUUUUCCAAGCGGCGGGAGAGCGACGAGAGCGACGCCGGCGUGUACGACUGUUCAGCGGAGAACCGCGACGGACGCAUAGUCAGCCGCAAGGCCCGCGUUCAGCUGGCCUCUCUCCCUAAGUUCCUCACCCACCCAGAGUCGGUGGCGGUGGAUGAAGGGGGCGUGACCAGACUCACCUGCCAGGUGAACGGGAUCCCAGAGGCCAGCAUCACCUGGGAGAAGAACCUCAGUCCCCUGAGCACUGAGGACACACGGUACACUCUGCUGCCCCAUGGAGUCCUUCAGAUCUCUGGUCUCCGUCGUGGAGAUGGCGGUUCGUUCCGCUGCGUUGCUACCAACAUCGCUAACAUCCGCUACAGCCGAGAGGCUCUGCUCACUGUCACAGCGGCGGGGUCCAGGACUUAUAAGGAGCCGGUCAUUCUGUCCGGUCCACAGAACCUCACCAUCACGGUCCACGAGACAGCCAUCCUGGAGUGCAUUGCUACGGGCAACCCAAGGCCCAUCGUCUCAUGGAGUCGCCUUGACGGUCGCUCUAUCGGCGUGGAGGGGAUCCAGGUGCUGGGAACCGGGAACCUGAUGAUCUCCGACGCGUCCCUGCAGCACUCCGGGGUCUACGUGUGCUCGGCCAACCGGCCCGGCACCCGGAUACGAAGGACGGCCCUGGGGCGCCUGGUGGUGCAAGCUCCACCUGAGUUCCUGCAGUGGCCGCAGUCUGUGUCUAGGCCACCAGGUGGCAGUGCGGUGCUGACCUGCAGCGCGCAGGGCGUCCCCGAGCCGCAUAUCAUCUGGCUGAAGAACGGAAAGAUCCUUUCGCCUGGGAGUGGGAACAACGUCAAGCUCACCAACAACAACACGACUCUAGCCAUAACCCGUAUCACAGCAGAGGAUGAGGCCAUCUAUCAGUGCAUCGCUGAGAACAGCGCUGGCACCAACCAGGCCAGUGCCCGCCUGGCCCUAAGCCCCUCCUCCCAACUACCUGAAGCCCCUGCCCACCUUCAGGCCACGCCCACUUCCUCCACCUCCGUGAAGCUGAGCUGGGAGCGCCCCUCCCCCGAGGUCACAGAGCACAUCAUCGGAUAUGUACUGCACAUACGCAUGUUGGGAGAGCCAGACAGUAAGGAGCUUCAGGAGGCGGUCAGCAAGACCACCUUCCAGCAUGAAUUCUCCGCCCUGGAGCCGGCCACCGCCUACUCCAUCUACCUGAAGGCCUACUCCCCGCUGGGGGCCAGCCAGAGCUCCAGCACCCUCGUCACCACCACCCUUGGGGGCGUCCCUGCCUCCCAGACCUUCCUCACUAAGGUGCUGAACCGGACCGCCGUGCAGGUGUUCUGGGAGCUGCCGUCCAAGCCCGGGAAGGUUGAGGGCUUCCGGCUGUCCCACCGCCGUGUCCCCCUCCCGGACUUCGAGGCUCUAGAGACCCUCCCCGCCCACAUCAACACCCACACCUACUCCGGCCUGGAAGCGGCCGGUGUGUACGAGGUGAGGCUGGUGGCCUACAACGGGAACGGAGACGGUGCGGCCACCCGGCGGUUGGUCUCCCUGGCCGACCCCCAGCCCCGCCCCGAAACUACAGGGUGUAACUGUGAGGACAACCACGGCUCCGGCCUUCUGAUCGGCGUCCACAUCAGCCUGGCCUGCAUCGUCUGCUGCCUCCUCUUCCUCGUCUUCGGUUACAGACACAGGUUUCUCUGCAGAAAGGGGACCCAGGACCGCUGGACCCUUCCUAGGGGCCCCGUUGGAACCAGGGCCCCUAAAGACGUAGCAUCCCCGGGUCGCCCCGAAGCCAUUGAGCUGAGCAUUCAGGGACGUGACCCCACCCCUGCUCCAGUGACGGAGAACCCUCCUCCGCCCUGCCAGGUCCUGGUGGAGGCACCACCCCCCUGUCGCUCUGUUUUAUAUUCUGCCAAACGCUUCGUCCCAGCGGCCUUGCGGCUGUCCGAGCAGAGAGCCUCCCAACGAGGGAUGGUGCCAAAGUUACAGCUCUGCUCCGACACGCCCUUCAUGAACGACAAGCCUUAG